UCGAAGAGGGCCGCCGCGCCGUGGUCUCGCGGAUAACCUUAAAAGUACGGGAACGUGACCGCGAUAGGACGACCGCGGACCGCGUGAUAAUCGCGUUCGGACGACUCGUGACUCGUCCCGAUUGACAGUUCCAAAACCGUUCGAGCGGUUCAAACGUGCCGGAACGUGCGCGCGAGGAGCGACGCCCUUCGUCUCUCGAGAGCCGCGGGGGAGGAGCAUGCGAGUAUUCACGGGUAUUUCUCAGCUGAAGCCGAAGCCGCGAUCAUUCCCGAUUCGAAGAUGCUCGCGGACCCUCGUGCACUCGCGUCGCAGAUUUUCCCCGAGUUAUCGGAAUUCCGGAAAUGCAUCGCCCAUUGUUGCGGAAACACGCGGACCGUACAAUAGCCCUUACGACACGUCGUCGUAACGUCUCCGUUCCCUACGUGGCGGGGAUUUAAACGCCGCAUGUUUUCUCAGCGACACCGAUGGCACACGCGGCGGUGUUGAUAUAGGUUAUACACGCUUUCGCAGUGCUCGUAGGAAAAGAAUCAUGAUCGCGACGAGGAAUCAAUCGCGCGCGCGGCUCUUGACCUCUCGCGAUUGAGCCUUCGAGGAGUACAAGAUUCGCAAAAAUAUAUUCAUUUUUAUUAAAAAAAAAAAUUAUAAUAUACAUUUCUUUUCUCACCCUCCAAUUUUUCACGCAUUUGCCGUCGCGUUUUAGCAAAUAUGUGGCAUAAAUCACGCGCAUGUUUCCUUCGACGUGGAGUGUUUUGAAAGUUUUUGUAUUGUUUUCGUUCUCUGAAGUUUCGCCCGAUGUUUCGAUAACACUGUAGAUACAAACUGUAGACAGCAAUAGAUAUGAAAUCGUAGAUAUAAGUGCGACAGAAUGUCUCGAGUAAAAUGAAAUAUAUUUUAUAAGUCAGCACGUAACACAGGUAAAAUUUAUUAUCUACAGAAUUAACAUGUUAUACCGUUGUACAUUCAUGGAAGAUCCUGUUGUCGACGUUUGAAGAUGGAUUGUGACGAAAAGAAUUUGAUAAAUAUUGAUUUGCAAUGCCACGUAGGCCGCGCGUACAUACCUUAAAUUCAGUGCUUGUGCCGUGUCUUUGUCAUGCAAAAUAAUGGCAAGAUACUAGCAACUACUGAUCCCGUGAAUUUAUAUCGUAAUAAGAAUCUAGUGCCUCCUUGGAAAGAUAUCACAAUUUUCUACUGCAAGUGAGAAAACACGUCUAGUUCACGCCACAGCGAAUCAUGACUGAGAUUGGUAUAGAUAGUCUACGAAAUCUCAUCACGCACUUCGCUAAGAACACGUACAGGACCAAGGAUGCGGAUGUUACAAAUCAGGAAAUCAUGCAGAGAUGUGUGCUGCUUGCGGCCUUUGAUUACGAAUAUUCUACAAUAGACAACAGCGGAGGUGAACUUUGCGCGCAUUAUCCCAGUUACCUUAUAAUAUUAGAACAUGACAAGUUUCGAAAUUCGAAAAACUUCGACGCGCUAGCGGCAGCGCCGGUUCCAUGCGUGAUGGAAAAUACGUACGAGAGCAUAUUGUUAAGAAGCAAGCUCGUCAAACUGAUGACACAAUCAAGAUUUGCCAGAUGUCGUUCAAGAUUUCCGGUGCCAGUGAUAUUUUACAAGGGUAGGCACGUAUGCAGAUCCUCAACGUUAUCCAGCGGCCCGGAAAUGUUCGGUAGAGCCGGAUUAGAUUUCUUGCUAUCUAGUGUAGCCAGCAGCAGCGCCAGUUCAGCGCAGCCAGACACAAAGGUGGAGGAAAGCCUACCCGAGGAAGAAUCGAAGCUCACUGACUUGAAAAAUAAAGUUAGAUAUCACGAUAUAGAACUUCUCAAGACUCUUAAUGUAGGAACCAUCGUAGACUUCAUGGUGGAGAAGAAGAAAGUUAAAUAUGGAAUGACCGUAACUUCGUCGGAGAAGGUAGACCAAGAGAGGCGGUACAGCAACUUUAAACUCAUUUCACUGCCAUAUCCUGGAUGUGAAUUCUUCAAGGAAUUUAGAGACCAAGAUUACCGAUCGAAGGAUCUGGUUUUCAACUGGCGCCAGAACUACAUAGACGCGCCAAUAUGUGUACCUGAAGACCCAAUCUCCAGUCAAUUACGAGUCAACUGGGAUCAGUAUACGGAAUGGAAUCUAGUCAAAUUAACGCAGAACUAUUUAAGAUUAAUACUGAGAUAUCUGAGUGAUAGUAAUAACGGAUUACUGAUUCACUGUAUCUCAGGUUGGGACCGCACGCCGCUAUUUAUUUCAUUACUGAGAAUUAGUCUGUGGGCCGAUGGGGUCAUUCAUACGACAUUGGAUUCGUAUCAACUACUGUAUUAUACCAUCGCCUAUGACUGGAUGCUUUUUGGACACGAUUUAGCAGAUCGACUCAACAAAGGAGAGGAGAUACUGUUUUUCUGUUUUGAUUUCUUAAAGUACAUUGAAAACGAACACUUCAGCAUACACAAACGUUACGAGAGAACGUCGAAGCAUAGUGAAUCGGACACUUUUGUGAUUGACAGCGAUUCUUUCGAAAUCAUUACAAACUCUAGUUUCAGUCCUAAGAACAGCUCGUCAAGUUCUAUUGAACAAAAUAGCGUAGAUGGUGAUUCAUCGCCAGCUGUGUUUCUUCCUGACUCAUUGGUGGACAAUCAAGAGGACUCACGAAACAAUGUAAAUGUUGCACACGGGACACUUAACACAUCUCCAAAUAAAGAUGGUGGUGCUGCACAAGAACCGCGUUCACCGUUGCCUGCAAAUCGUACAUCUCCGAUUGGUGUUCCCAUACCACGCAAUUCGCAUGUUCGACAACGAAACGAUUCGACGUCUUCAGGAGAUUCGUGGCAAUUGGUAACAGGGACUGGUAGCUUAUGUGGUUCCACGACUGCUAAUGCCCUACAUCUAGACAACGUAUCAGCGCCCGAUUCAGAUUGCAAGCCAUCAUGUGCUACUUGCCGUAGAACAUGGCGUACGUCGCAAGAACGUAGCGCGAACCUAAAUGACGAUGAGACUUGUGUAUCCCAACGUAGAGAACGGUUGCAUUGUCUUCGAAAUAUAUUUUAUAAGGCUUAUGGACCUCAUGGAUUUCGAUUGAAGGACGAAUCAGGUGGAAUCAGCCAAUAUUUUGGAAAUAUUGUUGGGAUGACUUCCAUUCAACGCACAUCCUAGUGACGAAUGUUAUUGAGUGACUUUCCAAGAGCAUGAAUUUAUAGUCGAUUUUUUUUAUUCUAAGAUCAUUAGGACAUUGCUUCUGUUCUAAUUAUUUCUUAUUUUCUCCGAUAUGCAGAAUUUUCUUGCGUAUAUAAAAAGAUUGGCAUGCCUUGUUUUUAACUUGUUUUAUCUAAUCCAUGAUCAGAUGUAAAUAAGAAAGCAAGAAAAUUGUAAUUUAAAAGAAAUUUAGCUUAUAACGGAAAAAUAUAGAACAAAGGAUCUUAGAAUAUUAAAAGUCGAUUAUAUUGUUAAUAUAAUACUUUUGUCCAAUUAAUAAUUUUAUAAACUGAAUUUAUAAAAUAAAAAUGAGACGAUUGUACAUUAUUGUUUGUCUCAAAAUUGGACUGUUAUACAAGAUGUAGCACGAUAUGUGCAGAAAUAAUUGAAUAAAACUUGAUAUUUUUGUAUGUCUA